AUGGCGAUGAGGGAGGUGCCCGAGCUCAAGGCCCUCACCGUCGACCUGGACCAGUACGGCGUCACUCCGGUAUUCUUUCACAACAAGCAACAGGCCGGGAAACAAACGUCGCCGCGUUGCGCAAUCUCACCCUCAAUGGCUUGCAAGCCGACAUCGGAAUUCACAACGACCGAACCCUUGCACCUGGCGUAUUCGCGCCUCAGCCCGGGGCUGGCCAUCUCGGCCCAGCGGGACGCAUGGACCGAGGAGCUCCCGACACCACCGCUGCCUAACCACAUUAGUUCCGCCAUCCAGGCGGGGUUGACAGCGGUGGUGUUCGACUCCAAUGUUUUAGGCUCCUUCCCUCGUAUCCAGGCACUUGCUCAAGACCUCCGACUGAGCAAGUGCGUCCCCUCGAUUCUCCCUACGGUCUUCGAGGAGAAGAGCAACGGGGCAACCCUGGAUUCGAGUCCUAGCUCGUCUGACCUGGCUCGGAUUAAAGCCAGUCAGACGCCGUUUUCGCUUGUCACAUCGUCAAGACGAGGUCAUCAACCCGAGGUCGACGGCGAUGUGGCUAUUUGGCAGGAGCUAGGUUGUUCGAGGUCGAUCUGGAUGUGCAGCAUCGUGCAAGUGUCAUCGACACAAGGCAGUGCCCGCAUCCCUUGCGUGGUGUCACAGGAGCGCCUCACGUCAAAUGCAAAUGUUGUCCACAGUCGAAGUCGCACCCUUACGAUCGCCCCUUACGAUCGCCCCGUACGAUGUGCGAAGACCCACCGCGUCCACAUCGACUCACUCAUCGUUCUAAGGGGCGACAAUUGUAUGGCGCUGGUGACGUUGUGA